GUGGGCUCCCCCCUCUCUUGCUCUCUUUCUCUCUACAUCUCUCCCCUCUCUACCCCUCUCCCUCUCUCUCCCACUCUGCCAUCCACGCAGGUUUUAUCCACUGGUGUGGGACAACAUCACCAAUAAGAAAGCCUCCCUGGCACCACAACUGAAAAGGCAGAUGGAAACACUUCAGUCGACCAUCAGCCCAAUUGGGGACACGGCACCUUUCAAAAAGUGCUUAGCAGACGAAAAGAAACCAAGUAUUAAGAGUCAAACUGAGGAGUCCAAUUAUGCGGAUCUGAGCAAUAGUUCGGUUAUGAAAACAGAUGGAACGAAAACCGUUAAAGUCACCUUUACUGGAGAAGGCAGUCAGUUGGCGGUAUUCAAAUGUCAGAGUGAUACGUCAACCGUUGGUGACGGAAGCCCUGGCAAACGUAAGGAAAAGGGCAAUAUUACGCAGACCCCCUCCAAGGACCAUCACCAGGAUCACUCGAAGAACGCUAAGGUGGGGGAGUGUGAGAGCUUCGUCUCCUCAACAUCUCCCGAUAAUGAGAUUUCAGCAUCUGAAAUGCCUACCACGGAGACUGACCCUCAAACAGAAAUUAUUUUGCAAGAUUAUAAUCCGCAAAAUGUUUCCUACGAAAGCGAGGAGCUGCGCUAUACGGACAUGUACCUAAACAGCCAGAGCGAAUCGGAAGAUGGCUCCAGUAGCGUGGUAUUAUCGGAUCAAUCCACUGUCAAUACAUUUGCAGAUGAAUCUCAUUAUAUUACAACUCACGAAAUUCAGUUAACAGAAUUAGACCAUGAUGUGGACUACGAAAUUGGCCGUGGACCAUGUUGGGAUUAUGAGGAUGACAAUCUUGUGUACUCAUUUGUGGAUUAUGCAUCUUUUGAGAGCGACGAGACGACGGAGAGUACAUUGAUUUUGGAUGGGAAAGUUGGUAAAGCAAAAAUCAGUAAAGGGCAGUCGGUUAAUGCGGGCCAACGUGGUACUGGACGAGCCCCUGGCAGUACCGAAAGCGAUGUUUGUGACUCGGACAAAUGUGUGAGUUCAGAUGAAAGUAUUUGCAAACAUCUAAACUGUGGCGAAACAUCGGGACAAAUCCACCUGUCAAUUGAAACAUCAUCUAGGGCAAUAAACGCCAAGAACGCCCAGGAGAAUGAGACGAACUGCUACCGUGCCAGACGCACAGGUGAGAGGAGUGAGUACUUUUUCAAAGGUUCGGACUCGAGCAGGGAAGCUGUCUUUGACCGUGCACACUAUUUCAUCCCGGCGCCCGGUCGCCAGCACCUGGCCCCUCAGCUGAAAGGAAAGGACAUUAACGAAUAUUCCAGUGGCGCGUCAAGUUCAAUUAGCGAGCUGGACGACGCUGACAAGGAAGUUCGAAAUUUAACUGCCAAGUCGUUUAGGAGUUUGGCUUGUCCUUACUUUGAUGCUAUCAAUUUGAGCACAUCCAGUGAAUCGUCAAUAUCAGAACAUGGUAUAGACUUCAACAAGUGGUCAGCUAUGUUUGAUCUGAAUUAUGGUAAUAUGAAUCAUGGACGUGAGAAACGUCUUAUUUCACACAGAAGUUCAACAUUUGAAGUUAAUAAAAAUCCUGGGUGCAAAAAUAUAGUUGAAGUUGGCGAUAUAAAAGAAGCUCAAACAAAAUCAUGUUCCCAUAAAAAGCAGACACGUUCGAAUUUCCAGAAAGAGUCCUCUUCUACUAAGAAAAUAGAAAUAAUGGAACAGUAUGACGAUCAAGGUCAGGGUGAAAUGAUUACUCUGACGGAGACGCUUAACUUCAGUUGCAAUGUUGAAGCGGGGCUACCGACGUGUCAAAGGCGUGCAAAAUGCGUAGAAAAUACCACAGGAUCACGUUCCGCGGAUGAGGUUACCGGCAUCAUGCCAUCAAGGCCAGGGAGUGCGGGUGCCAACCCUCACAGUGACUGCGGGGACACUAUGGAUGACACAUACAAGAAAGCAGUUUUUGCCUCUAGUUUACUAAAAAAUGUAAUCUCGAAAAAAAUGCAGUUUGAACAAGAGCGUAAAAUGGAGAGAGGGGAGAUACGUGACACACACACUGCUCAGUCACCUUGCUUUCAGUCAGGAGACCCGGACACAUCGAAAGAGCCCGACCACUGUAAAUGUGAGCAAAGACAGGAGUCUGAAACAGACUCUGGGCCAGUUGCACUGCAUGAACUGGGAGACGUAGUGGAUACUUUAUCAACCAUUGAUCCCAGGGAGCAACAGGGACAGUGCGCAACGACUAUUGCUGAACCGACCCUGGAAAGUCAAGGUGGUGUAAUGUGUAAAUCUAACAAGGAUAUUUGUGACACUAAAGCGGUGACUCUUCCCCAAAGCGAAAAGAGCGCUUUUAAGUCCUAUAAGGAUGGCGAACAGAGUGGUAAUGUGGAACCAGGGAACGACAAAGAGGAAGUUACCACAGAUAUGAUCCCGCCAACAGUUAGAAUUUCGGAAAAGCACGAGAGCCCUCCAGUAAGCGGCAAAUUAACGAAAAUGUCGCACUUGUAUGUGCCAAGCUCGCAUCUCCUCUUCAAAGACAGGGAGGAGGAACAACACACGCAGGAUAAAAAUAUACAUGAUGGCGUCACGGAGCAGGGAGAGGACGAGUGUAGUAGAGAAAAAAACUUGUGUAACCUUCAUAGGUCUGCAGUGUUACAAGCCAGCAAGGCACCCGAAAUCAAAAUACGAUUACGAAGUGUUAAAGACAACAAAAGCCACCCCUUUAACAUUGCCAACCUUCUGACCCCUAAUAUUGGCCUUACCUCCACGUACCCUCUAAAAGUCGUGUCUGAAUCCAAAUGCCAGAUGCCGUCCGCGUCGGAUAGAGUGCCCCAUUUCACAGUCCGUGACAUUAGGGAGAGCAAGGGAAAAUUUCAAACGCCUAUUCACCAAGUCCGCGAUGUGCGGAAACUGGUGAAAAGUUCUUACAGAUUUGUAGCAUUAGAAAAUGCUGAAAACAAAGCAGUUUCAUCGACCUCUCUGUUAAGUGAAGUUGGCCUAUUUAAGAAAGAACCCGAUAAAAAACCACCCCAGUCUCCAAUGAUUAUUAAAUGCCACUCUGUCAAUACAAAUAACGCAAGGAAACAAUGUAGAUACGCACCUGAGACACCCAAAAGGGGGCAAGUAGAGUGCCCUUCUGAAUUAGACAGGUUAUCACCAAAACCACUGGCUGACUCAAUUAGAAACGACAGUGUAUUUGCCACUCGUUCAGCAGGUAGAACUCCGUGCGUAAAACAGCCGUAUGUUGACUCGGCUGAAUUAAAAAUGGAAACGAAAGCUGUAAAACAAAGGCAAGACAAAACAGUUGAAACUGUGGAAAAGAAAUCCGAGUCCAAAGUGACAAAUCAAGCUGCCCUUGAAAAGUUAAAAGCUGCCGUGAAAACAAUGGAACAGCUGUAUGUUUUCGAUCGUAAUGAAUGGAAGCGCAAGACACAGGCACCGCAUCCAGUAACAGACAGUCACGUUUUAUCCCUAAUUACCAGUGAGGAACAAGGUGGUCCAACAAAAUCAGAAUUAGAGGUCGAGCUGGGGAAAGGUUUUGAAAAUGAGAGGUCAUUGAGUUCCAUAAUAAAUCCACCAGCCUUGGCCAGCACGCUGUUGCCAGCGGUGGCACAUUCGACAGACGAUAAAGUGAAUUUUAAAUUAGGCAUUUAUGGUCAAGAGGACACAAGCACAAGUAAAUCAUUCAAUGUUCAUGCUGAGCGAUUCAAUAAUAAAUGUGAGGUAAAUGUUGGCAGUAGCUUAAAAACACCAGUCUGCAGUGCAUCUUCAAACAAUAGCGUGAAGCAGAGUUGUUCUGCUCAACAAGGUAUCCAACCAAACAGCAAAACAAUAACACAUACAUUUAAAAAAUCCCCACUGUCAGUAAACAUUACUUCACCUAAACAAGAAGCUGAGGAGAAGAGUUUGAUUAAAAGUGCUGAAACCUCACUCCAGGCCCAGGCUGCGAAACUUGCACAAGCUGAGACUGAGAACUAUCUGACUAUUCCUGUCAAAGCUUGCCCCACAGACACAUCAGCAUCCUCUGCAUCAACCACGGCUAGUAGGAAGCUGGGAUCACCCCUAGAAUCCAGCCAACCUGGGACAUCCAGCCAGCAAAUGUCCUUAAAGCGCUCCCCUAUUAUCAUGGAAUCGUGGGCUCCAGAGAGCCCCACGGGCACUACCAUCUAUCACCAUUCCCUCCCCAUCCCCCUGGCUGCUACAGCCCCCCAGGUCUUCUGCAUCCCCCCCUCUCUGGUUUCUACUGUCACUGAUCCCAUGCAACAGCAGCAGCAACAAACCCAGAAGAAAAUGCUGCUGGACCCAACCACAGGCCACUAUUACUUGGUGGACACACCAGUGCAGCCUGCUACCAAGAGGCUGUACGACCCAGAGACAGGACAAUAUGUGGACGUGCCUGUGCCCCCUCCCCAGCCUCUAACCCCCGUCCCCAUGCCCAUCUCUCCCCUUGCACUGAGUCCAGGGGCUGCAUUUGCCCCCACAUACAUGAUCUACCCUGGCCUAAUGGCAUCCCCCACAGCCUUCACCUCCCAGUCUCUCUCAUCCUCCACACAAUCAGAGGGAGACGCUGAACGGUUGCAGGGCAAAGACACGGGGACACAGACCAGCACAGGGGCCACAUACCCACUCGGUCACUCUCCAGUUGCCCGUGGGGUUGGUGCCGUGCCUGGCACUUCAGGUACCAAGCCUGUCAUCAGCAUCACAACACAGCAGGGGCCCCGCAUCAUCGCCCCGCCCUCCUUCGAUGGAACCACCAUGAGCUUUGUUGUGGAGCAUCGGUAGCUGGUAACCAACUUGAUCUCUCCCUGUCUGGAAUGUCUUCCUGGACUGUUUAUCUAUUUUAUCCACCUUUGUCUACUUGUGUGUACGGUCUUGUCCACUUCUUCACUCUGUCGAUUGUCAUAAUUUUUUGUUGUUUGUUUGUUUUGUUGUUGGCAAAUUUUCACAAUUCGCUGUUGUGUAAAAAUCAUGCCAGCCUACAAGUGAUUCCCUGUAUUGUAAAAAAAAAAAAAAAGGCCCAAAGUGGCAGUGCACUUUCUCUGUGUAUAGAGUACCCUAGUUGAUCAAUGUGUGAAGAUCUGCAUUUGGUUCUAUGGAAUUAUAGGUUCUAAGCAAAAUGUAUUUUACUUUACUGCUGUCUGCUCUGAGAGGAAAUGCUUAGGCUACUCAUGAAGUCAUGAGAAAUAUA